AUGGCGUCACAAAAUAUGGCAAACCCUUCUGUCAACCCUGAUAUCGAAGACGAGCUCUUCCAGAAGGAGGUUGAGGCUGUCAAGGCUUGGUGGUCCGACUCAAGAUGGCGACACACAAAGCGCCCUUUCACUGCUGAGCAGAUUGUCUCCAAACGCGGAUAUCUCCCUGUCGAUUACGCCAGUAAUGCCCAGGCGAAGAAGUUGUGGAAGAUCCUUGAGCACCGUUUCGAGACUCGAGAUGCCAGCUACACCUACGGCUGCUUAGAACCUACAAUGGUUACUCAGAUGGCCAAGUACCUCGACACCGUCUAUGUUUCUGGCUGGCAAUCGUCAUCGACUGCCUCUGCCUCUGAUGAACCUGGUCCCGACCUGGCUGACUAUCCUUACACCACUGUUCCCAACAAGGUCGGCCAUCUCUUCAUGGCCCAACUUUUCCAUGACCGCAAGCAGCGCCAAGAGCGCCUCAGCGUCCCCAAGGCGCAACGUGCCAACCUCUUGAACAUUGACUAUCUUCGCCCCAUUGUCGCUGACGCUGAUACUGGUCAUGGUGGUCUCACCGCUGUCAUGAAGCUCACCAAGCUCUUCAUUGAGAAGGGCGCAGCUGGAAUUCACAUUGAGGAUCAAGCCCCCGGCACAAAGAAGUGCGGCCACAUGGCAGGCAAGGUUCUUGUCCCCAUUCAGGAGCACAUCAACCGCCUUGUUGCUAUUCGCGCACAGGCUGACAUUAUGGGCUCCGAUCUCCUCGCUAUUGCACGCACCGACGCCGAGGCCGCAACUCUACUCUCCACCAACAUCGACCCUCGCGACCAUGCCUUCAUCCUCGGCUCUACAAACCCUACUCUCAAGCCUCUCAACGACCUCAUGAUCGCCGCUGAGGGUGCUGGCAAGAGUGGCGUUGAGCUGCAGCGCAUUGAAGAUGAGUGGCUUGCCAAGGCCAACCUCAGCCGCUUCGACGACGCUGUGACUGCUGCCAUUGAUGCAGGCUCUUCUGCUGACAAGGCUAGCCUCAAGCGAGACUAUCUUUCCAAAGCAAAAGGCAAGAGUAACCUCGAGGCGAGGGCCGUCGCUCGCCAGGUCCUUGGCCAUGACAUCUUUUUCGACUGGGAUGCCCCCCGUACUCGCGAGGGUUACUUCCGUCUCAAGGGUGGUUGCGACUGCGCUGUGAACCGAGCUAUUGCUUAUGCCCCUUAUUGCGACGCUAUUUGGAUGGAGUCUAAGCUGCCCGACUAUGCUCAGGCUAAGGAGUUUGCCGAAGGUGUCCACGCCGUCUGGCCCGAGAAGAAGCUCGCCUAUAACCUUUCUCCAUCAUUCAACUGGAAAACUGCCAUGCCUCGUGACGAGCAGGAAACUUACAUCCGCCGUCUGGCUAAGCUUGGCUACUGCUGGCAGUUCAUCACGCUUGCAGGCCUGCACACAACAGCCCUGAUCAGCGACCAGUUCGCCAAGGCAUAUAGCACUGUCGGUAUGCGCGCUUACGGCGAGCUCGUUCAAGAACCUGAAAUGGAGCAAAAAGUCGAUGUUGUUAAGCACCAGAAGUGGAGUGGCGCAACCUACGUUGAUGAAUUACAAAAGAUGGUUACAGGUGGCAUCAGCUCCACGGCUGCUAUGGGCGCCGGUGUGACUGAGGAUCAGUUCAAAUAA